AUCUUGGGAGCAGGGAACUGCUUGGGAGCAGGGGAUUCUGCCCCAGGAAGGGUCGAGAAAGUUCCUGGGGGGCUUCAGGGGCUUUCCACAGAGGGAGCACGGCGGGGGCGGAGGCUCCCUGCAGGGAGCAGCGCUGAGGUAGACUGGCUCUGACCUUGGCUCUCUGAAGGGAGAAAAACUUAAUCGUUCUUCAGGUCCAAGAGCUCCAAAGACCCCCAAUCCUCAGUCACUCAUCUCCUGACAAAAGACCUUGCGAAACUGCCAAAGCGCCACACUUCGGCUCGCGAUUGUGAGGAAAUUGGUUGAGGAACGGAGUGGGACGCCCAUGCCGCUUCGCCAGCACUUGCCAGGCGUUCCGUGGGGCAGCAUCUCCUCUGAAGGGCCGCCGACAGUACCACGCCGAUGGAAUAGCGUACCCUCCUCCACUGCAGCCUGCCUAACCCCGGACUGCGCGCCCGAGCUGUGCGCAUGAGCCGACCGUCCGCGCGGCCGCAACGCGCAGGCGCCGUGUCCACUUCCGUGAUCUGUCAGCCGCUCCCUCUGGGCUUCCGUCCUCCGCCCGCGCCCGCCGGAGCCUGUUCGCGUCGACUGCCCAGAGUCCGCGAAUCCUCCGCUCCGAGCCCGUCCGGACUCCCCCGAUCCCAGCUUUCUCUCCUUUGAAAACACUAAGAAUAAUGUCACUGCAUCAGUUUUUACUAGAGCCAAUCACCUGUCAUGCCUGGAACAGGGAUCGUACUCAGAUUGCCCUCAGUCCCAAUAAUCACGAAGUGCACAUCUAUAAGAAGAACGGGAGCCAGUGGGUGAAAGCUCAUGAACUCAAGGAGCACAAUGGACACAUCACAGGUAUUGACUGGGCUCCCAAGAGCGACCGCAUUGUCACUUGUGGGGCAGACCGCAAUGCCUAUGUCUGGAGUCAGAAAGAUGGUGUUUGGAAGCCAACCCUGGUGAUCCUGAGAAUUAAUCGCGCAGCUACUUUUGUGAAGUGGUCCCCCCUAGAGAACAAAUUUGCUGUGGGAAGUGGAGCACGACUCAUUUCUGUUUGUUACUUUGAGUCUGAAAAUGACUGGUGGGUGAGCAAGCACAUUAAAAAGCCGAUUCGCUCCACAGUCCUCAGCUUGGAUUGGCAUCCCAACAACGUUUUGCUGGCAGCAGGAUCAUGUGACUUCAAAUGCAGAGUGUUUUCUGCCUACAUUAAAGAAGUGGAUGAAAAGCCAGCCAGCACGCCCUGGGGCAGCAAGAUGCCUUUUGGGCAGCUGAUGUCAGAGUUUGGUGGCAGUGGCACUGGUGGCUGGGUCCACGGGGUGAGCUUCUCUGCCAGUGGGAGCCGCCUGGCCUGGGUCAGCCACGACAGCACCGUGUCUGUUGCUGAUGCCUCAAAAAGUGUGCAGGUCUCGACUCUGAAGACAGAGUUCCUGCCGCUCCUGAGUGUGUCAUUUGUCUCAGAGAACAGCGUCGUGGCUGCUGGCCAUGACUGCUGCCCAAUGCUCUUUAACUACGAUGACCGCGGCUGCCUGACCUUCGUCUCCAAGUUAGACAUUCCAAAACAGAGCAUCCAACGCAACAUGUCUGCCAUGGAACGCUUCCGCAACAUGGACAAGAGAGCCACAACUGAGGACCGCAACACGGCCUUGGAGACGCUGCACCAGAAUAGCAUCACUCAAGUCUCUAUUUAUGAGGUGGACAAGCAAGAUUGUCGCAAAUUUUGCACUACUGGCAUCGAUGGAGCCAUGACAAUUUGGGAUUUCAAGACCCUCGAGUCUUCCAUCCAGGGCCUCCGGAUAAUGUGAAGCUGAGUGAGCCUCCACCAUCCAGCAUGACAAACUGUGGCCGACUGCAGCUGUGCCGUGGCACGAUGGCGAGGAAGCCAGCCCCAAGGAAACACUGAAAACACAUAUCACGCCAAUGCCGUGUGGUUUUGUUUGAAUAUAAAAUUGGUGAAAGUGUUGGUUUUUUUAAGGCAGUAAUUUUUUUUGUUUGUUUUUUUGCGAUUUCAUUCCAUUCUUGACCAAAGCUUCUCUUUAAGUAGUUUAUUAUGGAAAAUUGUCACACUAACUUAAAAGACAGGGUGAGGGAGAUAUGUAAAUUGUCCACUAGAAAAUUAAAUAAAAGAACUGAAUGUGG